AUGUCUUUUCUGGCUCUCACUCAGCCCAGCCCACUUCACGUUCAUUUCAGCGGCGCCGGCUCAGAAUCUCCGCAAAAUCUCUCUCAGCGACUGCAAAGUAUUCAGACCAGCCAGUUUCGGAUAAAAGAGAUUCAACAAAGUGAUAAAGCAAAAGGGGUUGUGCAGAUUGUGCUCAUGGAUUCUUCCAUGGGUGAUGCUUUUGCUCCCAUUCAGGAAGUUCUACUGGAAUUUCGUGCAGGAAAAAUGAUUAUGGAUGAAUCAAUUGUAAACCCUGAUUCUCGUAAAGGACUCGUUCGUAUUGGAAGGGGAGAAGAAGGGCUGGUUCAUUUUCAGUGGAUUGACAGAUCUCUAAAUGUUAUUGAAGAUGAUCAAAUUGUUUUUCCUGAUGAAGCGGUGUUUGAAAAGGUUCGUCAAUCUUCUGGAAGGGUAUACAUUCUGAAGUUCCGUACAGAUAACAGAAAGUUCUUCUUUUGGAUGCAGGAGCCCAAAGCUGAAAAUGAUACACAGCUAUGUAACUCUGUCAAUUUCCACCUGAAUCAGCCUCUUGAGUUACCUGGAGAAGAAGAACCUGAUGCUUCAGUUCCUGUAGAAAGCUCAGAAGAUACAGUUGGCGACGAUAUUUCAUCUAGGGCUGGAAAUUUGGUUGGCCCGAGCAUGGGCGCUGAAGCUACUAGUGAUGUAACAUCUGCUGGACCUGUUAAGCUGUCUGAUCUGCAGCGAAUAUUAAGCAACAUUGGUUCUGCGGAUGAACCUGGUGACCCAGAUGCAGGCUUGGGACUUGGUGAUAUUUUGAAGCCAGAAUUUGUGCUGCCUCUUGCUCACGAGUUACCUUUACAUCAGCAAUUAGAGUCCUAUUUACCUGAGGGUGAGUGGACUUCUGAGGCGUUAAUAGAGUUAUUACAAAGUCCGCCAUUUCGCCAACAAUUAGAUUCAUUUACUUAUGUCCUGCGUACUGGACAGGUAGAUCUGACUCAGUUUGGUAUUGAUCCAAGUAAAUACAAGUUCACUGUUCCGUCUUUUCUCGAAGCCCUUGAAGAUUCUGUUGCUGCCACAUCUGAACAUGGAGAGUCAGCGCCAGGUGGCAACGAUUCAAAACCUCAGGCUCAUCAAGGCAGUGAUGCAAUGGAUGAAGCAUCUGCGGUGAAGAUAGGGAAAGUAUUCGGUCAUUGCCGGUUAGGGCGAUGGAAGUGGAUUCAAUGUGUAGCAUCUGCGGUGAAGAUAGGGAAAGUAUUGAACAUGUGUUGUUCUAUUAAAUGGCCGAGAGUGCUGUUGGUCGGGUGUGGUUCGCCGCUGGGCUCGUGGUGGCUUGUUCACUGCUGGACCCGCGCGACAGGAGACGAGCUACUUGCCGGCAGAAGUGAGGUCGCCGGAGAUGGCUGGUUCGCGUGGAGGAGAUUUGCUCGUCGGGACGCGGGCCGUGUGGAGGAGAUCUGCUCGUCGGGAUGGAGGUUCGGGUCGCGGCUGAGAUGUGAAAUCUUGCCGGAAACUGCUGAGAACGGGGCCGUGAGAAGGGUUGUUGGUCGCCGGAUCUGGAGGAGACGGCGGCGCGUGGCUGGGACGAGCUUGCUGCGAGGUGGCGUGAAGGUGCGGACUGAGGUCGGGAUGUUCAGUCGCGGGGAGCUCGGUUCUGGUUCGCGUGGAGGGCCUGGUUGA